AUGUACGCUCUCUCGGGGAGCCUGCAGGACUUCCAGCCGCUCGUGCGCCGCGUGCCGGGCCAUGAGGGCGCCGGUGCAAAGAACUCCCCUUCGGAGCUGAACGCGAUUGAUUGGGCGAAGUUCGUGGCGUUUGAGCGCGACGUGGCGAGGGACCUGCGCCGUGCGAAGGAGACAGCGGCGCGGGCACGGAGAUUGACUCUAGCACCGCAGCGGCUCCUUGCCCUCCUCAAUGCGUACUAG